UUGAGGGGCACCUCCUGUGUGGGGGUCAACUCCGGCAACGAUUCGAGUGCCAAUUCAUUAUUCGAUGGCUCCUCAUGUUCUUCGGACGCAGAGUCCGAUGACUUCCCUCUGACCUCCCCAUCGACCACAACAUUCGCCUCAAAUCCAACGCCUCAGACAGUGUACCAAAUGGUUCAGACGGCACAGGGAUUAGUCGCACAACCCAUUCAAAUGAACUCAAGUCAGCAGCAAAUUCAUGGCUCGACUCCCAUCUCACAAAUCGGCACAAAUCAUAAGAAUUCAAACAAUAAACACAAUACUAAUCUAAACCAUAAGUCACAUCAUAUGAAUCGAGGAGAUAGUAGUAAUGAUGACGACAUGAGCGACGACUUGGGAUCCAAUCACAGCAAUGGCAGCAAAAAGAAGCAGCAGAAGAGGGGUGUGUUGCCAAAACAGGCCACUUCUAUCAUGAGGUCCUGGCUCUUCCAACACAUUGUGCACCCGUACCCGACGGAGGACGAGAAGCGGGCGAUAGCGUCGCAAACGAAUCUCACAUUACUUCAGGUGAACAAUUGGUUCAUAAACGCGCGCCGGAGGAUACUUCAGCCCAUGUUAGACACGGCCAACUCGAUGGGCGACACUCAGAGCAACUCCAGUCAGAGCACAUCCAAGAGUGCGGCCAAGAGUUCUGCCUCCAAGAAGUUGAAGACAAGUAAUUCUAUGCAACGGUUUUGGCCCCAAUCGAUAGCUAAUGCAAUACAAGGUCUCUCUCAAAGCGAAUCAACCAAAUGAGGGCUCGGAAUGCCUUUAAUUUCGAAACAUUAAGUUAUAGUCAAUAUAAAAGCCAUUAUUUUCAAUGUAUAUAAGAGUCGAUAAAAAUAACAUUAACUUAAUAUCAAUCAAUUGAUUCACACUUCUCUUGCAUUUAUACGCAAAACAAUUGCAGACUUUAAAGAAUAUUAAUUUUUUGUUUUCACUCAAACUCGUAAACCCGACGGCAAUAAAGUGUGAAAUUUAGACUUAAACUUAAAUCCUAUUUAAGCAAUCAUUGACUAAAUUCUGUUAUCAAAUCAUUUAAAAUCAUAUAAACUAUAAUUAAGUCAAUACUCAUACGCAAAACAACCUAUUUAUCACUCACUCUAUUGUUUUAUUUUAUAUACAGUAUAUUAUAAUUUUAUUUUUUAUUUCCCAAUUCAUUACAAAAUACCAUAAAUUCAUUUUCGGACUUAAUCCUAAUCGCGU